UAUCAGGUGCAGCUCAUGCCACCAUCCAACCUUACCAGCUCGAUCCCAGCAACAUUUGUGCUGGUUGGCAUCCCGGGCAUGGAAAAGCUGCAUGUGUGGCUGUCCAUCCCCUUCUGCUCCAUGUACCUGGCUGCCCUGCUGGGGAACAGCAUCCUGCUGCUGGUUGUGAGGGCAGAGCAGAGCCUCCAUCAGCCCAUGUACCUCCUCCUGUGCAUGCUGGCUGCCACCGACUUGAUGCUGUCCACCACCACCGUGCCCAAGAUGCUGGCACUCUUCUGGUUCCAUGCUGGGGAGAUCUCCUUCGGUGCCUGCCUGACGCAGAUGUUCUUCCUGCACUUCAGCUUCUCAAUGGAGUCCGUCAUCCUGCUGGCCAUGGCCUUCGACCGCUUCGUGGCCAUCUGCCACCCGCUGCGCUACGCGGCCGUGCUGACACCCAUGGCCAUCAUCAAAGUGGGGCUGGGGGCCGCGCUGCGCAGCUUCUGCAUCAUCUUCCCCUGCGUGUUCCUGCUGCGGCGGCUGCCGUUCUGCGGGCACAGCAUCAUCCUGCACACCUACUGUGAGCACAUGGGCAUCGCCCGCCUGGCCUGCGCCGACAUCUCCGCCAACGUCCUCUAUGGCCUCGCCGUGCCCUUCGCAGCCGUCGUGCUGGACGUCGUGCUCAUUGCUGCCUCCUACAUCCUGAUUCUCCUGGCAGUAUUCAGACUCCCAUCCAGGACAGCCCGCUCCAGGGCUUUUAACACCUGCAUCUCCCACGUCUGUGUUAUAUUCCUUUUCUAUAUUCCUGCCUUUUUCACCGUGUUAACGCACCGCUUUGGGGGGGAAAUCCCACACCACGUCCACAUCCUGCUGGCCAACCUCUACGUGCUCUUCCCCCCACUGCUGAACCCCAUCGUGUACGGCGUGCGGACACGGCAGAUAAGAGAGAAGGUGGUGAAGAUGCUCCUCUGCCCCAAAACGCAUCAGCUGCAGGAGUGA